CGUAAAGCGUUGCCUUUGUCGUAAACAAGUGGUAAGACAGCUAAACAAACAACAACGUCAACUGUGCGGAUUUAAAGUCGUUAUAAAAUUAUCUGGGCAUUGACGUUUGCUAAAGCAAUGGCAGCGUCUUCCUCGUCUUCUUCUGCGGGAGGUGUGAGCGGCAGCUCGGUCACCGGCUCUGGAUUCAGUGCUUCAGAGCUCAUCCCUCCUAGAAAAGUCCUGUACACAUAUCCUAAAGGUGCAGGUGAAAUGAUGGAAGAUGGCUCUGACAGAUUUUUAUGCGAGUCUGUAUUCAGCUACCAAGUCGCCUCAACACUGAAACAGGUUAAACACGAUCAACAAGUGUCUCGAAUGGAGAAACUCGCAAGCUUGGUGGAGGAGCUGGAAGCAGAUGAGUGGCGAUACAAACCAAUUGAACAGCUACUGGGAUUUACACCAUCUUAAAUAAAAAGAUCUAAAUGCCUUUGGUUAAUAAAUAAGCCAAAUAGAAGGUGAAGGUAAAGGGAAAGGAAAUGAUUUGUUUCAGUUCAUAAAUUAUAUUCCUUCUUUAUCAUUUUAUUCUAUAUCUUAAGUGUGAAAUAUUAUCGGGAGAUACUGAAUGUGAGAUUUAUUUUAUCACUGUUACUAUUGUAUGAGAAUGGUUUACUUUUUUUUUUUUUUUUUAAACAUGUAGUAUUUGACAAACAUGCUAAAAUGAACAACAAAUAUCCUAUCAUAUACUUAUAACUAAACAAUUUUGUAAUAUAUUUUUGAACUGGUUUAGACUAAUAAAGGUGUUUGCCAGUCCAAUCUGUUCUUGGCCUCAAUGUUCAAGCAAACAAUAUCUUUGGUAACACAAUAAAUCCCUUCAAAUGAGGCAUUGUGUUUGCACACAGCUGCACUGUAACUCAUAAAUCUGAAAACCUGCUGCCGGCUCAGUCUCUCCUCUCUCUGUGGGCCCUCAUCACUGCUCGCUCUAACAGCACUUGGAGCAAAACAAAGAGAGCCUCUAAAUAAAGUCAUACUUGGACAUUC